UAAUUAGCCAGGUGCCUCCAAAGUCCAAAUAAGUUGGUUCAGAUUCAGCACGUUUCUUUGUAUUCUCUUUCUUAGUUUAUUAUUAUUAUUCCGGCUCUGCUUGCUACUUUAUUAUGGUGGUAGCGCCAUUUUUUUCUUUCUAGCAAUCUCCAUGCGUGCCUGGUUGGUUCAGAUUCUUUACGUUAAUGUUGUAAAGCCAUUCUCGUAGGUAGUACUAGUAGAAAGUAAGCUUUUUGCCUAUGGUUUUAGCAAAUACUGAGUUCUAUUUCUAGUUGAACUCGUUAAUAACUGCACCGUGUGAAUUCAACUCAUCGGCUGUGGCAAAAUGAUUUCCAAGCAAGAGCCACACGUACUAACUAAUUUGCAUAUAUGCUCUGAUUUUCAUCUUAAUUAGGUGCCCCCAAAUAAGUUCUCAAAGAAAAAGUUGGUUCGGAUUCAGCCUGACGUGACUGGAUAGCAUACACAUGGUUCUUCCAGAAUUGCUUUCUGUGUAUAAUUCAGAAUUAAAGUAACCCAGACCGUGGGUCUUCUUGCGGAAUUGCUUGCGUCAAUUCUAUCUCGUUUCUUUGUACUUAUUCUCUUAGUUAGUUCAGUAUUCAGACUCUGCUUGCUACUUAAUUAUGGUGUUAGCUAGUUUAAUUUAAUUAUGUGGCCUGCCUGUAGCGUCAUUUUUUUCUUUCCAACAAUCUAGACACAGAUGAGGUGCUAGCUAGCUACUUCGAUAAAUCUCCAUGCUUAUGAACAAAACACAAGAUUUGGACGGAUAAAAAAUUGCUCAAAGUUCAUCAAUAUAUUCUUCGUAAUGAGUGUUUGUCGCCAGUGUGGUCUCCAUCUUCACAUGUAUUAUUCUGAUAUAUCAUAAGCUUUGAGUCCAGCUCUUUGGUUGUUUUCUGAACCUUACCUGAUUGGUACAGCUGAAUUGAAUUUGUUCCAUGGAGGACCUACCGGAGGCUCUGCUGACAGAGAUUCUCAACAGGAUCACCAGGACAAGUGAUCUCAACUCUCUUUCCCUUGUGUCAAAGCAGCUCUACAAGAUAGAGGGGAGUCAAAGGGGUGCUAUCCGUGUUGGUUCCGGUCUUUGCACUGCUGCAAGAGCACUGACAUCAUUGUGCGCCCGCUUCCCAAAUCUGCGGAAAGUGGAAAUCGAUUACUCUGGCUGGAUACCUGGACAUGGAAAGCAGCUAGACAACAAGGGCCUUCUUGUGUUUUCAUCUCACUGUUCCUCGUUGAUUGACCUCACCUUAAGCUUCUGUUCAUGCAUCGAUGACUCUGGGCUUGGUUGCUUAGCGAAUUGCAAGAAAUUGGUGUCUCUCAGGCUGAACUCCACACCACAAAUAACUUCGAUUGGGCUUUUCUCGGUUGCAGUUGGUUGCACAAGUCUAUCUGCUCUCCACCUUAUUGAUUGCGAGAAAAUCGACAGUGUAGAGUGGCUGGAAUACCUUGGUAGGGAUGGAUCGUUGGAAGAGUUUGUAGUGAAGAAUUGCAAAAGAAUCAAUCAUCAUGACUUCCUAAAGUUUGGUCCAGGAUGGAUGAAGCUCCAGAAGUUUGAGUUUGAGAGGAAAAGAGGAAAAUAUGAUAGUCUUAUAGCCGUAGGUGGUAAGGUCUAUGACUCCUCGUACGAUGCUCACAGCAUGGAUAUAUAUGAUUUUUGCUGUGAGAGUUUGAAGGAUUUAAGGUUGGCGCAUAUUAAAACUUGGCCAGAUGUAGGGCUUCGUGUUGUCCUAGGGAAGUGUAAAGCAUUGGAGAAGCUUUGCCUUGAGUAUGUUCAUGCCCUAAAUGAUAAUGACAUGAUUGCAUUAUCUCGGAGCUGCAGCAACCUUAAAAGCAUCUCACUUUGGCUCAACCUGCAGCUUUACUCUAGUGAUGUCGGCUAUUGUGAAACCAGGACGUCAUUUACAGAUAACAGCCUUUACGCUCUAGCCCUAAACUGUCGUAUGCUUCAGAUCGCAGACCUCAGCUUUACAGGAUGUUCUCGUGACUGGCCAUCAGAAAUAGGAUUCACACAAGAGGGUUUUCUGGUGCUCAUUCAGUCCUGCCCGAUUCGUGUUCUCGUGCUCAACAAUGCCAACUUCUUUGAUGACAAGGGGAUGAAGGCCCUCGCAUCCUCACCUCAUCUGGAGACACUCGAGCUUAUAUUGUGUCAUGCAGUAACUGAUGUUGGGAUGCGCUUCAUUGCGCACACCCCAUGCUUGAGUAAUCUCACACUUCGGAUGUGUCAUAACGUUACUGAUGCCGGAGUGGCUGAACUGGGAUGUGUACAUAAGUUAGAGUCUUUGGUCAUUGAGUAUUGUGGUGAGAUCUCUCUGGAAGCUGCGCAGGGUGUUGCCAAGUCGGUUCACUACUCCAAGGACUGUUCAGAUGCCCUUAUGAAGACAAUUGGUUUUGGGGCCUAUUGAUGAAGUGGCCUCCAAAAUUUUCAGUAUGAAUUUGCUGCUGAAGCCAUUAAGUUGUUCAGUGUGCAUCAUUGGAUAAGGUUGUGCAUCAUCCGACCCAGAUUCACCUCUCUGAACUUUUUGUUGCCUUCUACCUUCACUGCAAUGAUUUUCCUUUAUGGCAGUCUAGUGAUGAUCUUUUGACGGCAUCUGCUGAAUGAAACUUUAGUAGUAGGCACCACUUGUGUAUUAAUAUAAACCGUACGUAAUUCUGGUUGCUUAAGUUCUACUCUCUGUAGCCGUUUCGAAACCGGCAUAAGUAGGCCUCAAGAUUCCUUGUUUUUGCUGUGGAGGCACCAUAUGACCGUUUGGUGUUAUUUGUAUUAUUUAAGCAAAUGUCAUGGACCCUUUUUUGUUGCGCAAGUGAUUUUGAAGACAUAUAUAUCUGCCUGCUAUGUUCGCGCGGCAAUUUU